AAGCCGGUAGUUGGCCGGCGCCCGGAAGUGAGGCAAAGCCCGGAAAUGGGGUAGGGCGUAGACUCCGGGUUCUCGCGAGAACGGCGAGGUGGUGAGGGCGCCGAGCUGCGGGGGCUCGUAACCAGGGCGACGGGGGCGGGGCGCUGGCCCUACGCCGCAGGGUGCUCACCUGGAUUGCGCGUCCACUUGGUGAGUUCAGCGUCAGGUCCCAGAGGGUCCCCAGCUUGUGGGAUCUCGGUUCCCAGGCUGGAGGUCAGGCCCGAGCGCCUGUGGUGGGAGCUCUGAGUCCAAACUGCUGGACUGACAAGAGAACCUCAGACCCCAGGGAAUAUUAAUUGAUGUGAGGCCUCCCAGAGGUCCUCAUCUCAGCACCAAGACCCGGCUCUAUCCAACUGCCUGCAAACUCCAGUGCUGGACGUCUCAGGCCAAACAACCAGUAAGACAGGAAUACAGCUCCACCCGUCAGAAAAAAAAAAAAAGAAACGACAGAAAAAUAUGUUACAGACGAAGGAGGAAGGUAAAAACCUACAAGAACAAAUAAAUAAAGAUGAAAUAGGCAAGCUACCUGAAAAAGAAUUCAGAGUAAUGAUAGUAAAGAUGAUCCAAAAUCUCGGAAACAGAAUGGAGAAAAUACAAGAAACGUUUAACAAGGAUCUAGAAGAACUAAAGAGCAAAUGAACAGUGAUGAACAACACAAUUACUGAAAUUAAAAAUACUCUAGAAGGAAUCAAUAGCAGAAUAACUGAGGCAGAAGAACGGGUAAGUGAGCUGGAAGAUAAAGGGGUGGAAAUAACUGCCAGGGAGCAGAGUAAAGAAAAAAGAAUGAACAGAACUGAGGACAGUCUCAGAGACCUCUGGGACAUUAAACACAGCAACAUUCAAAUAAUAGGGGUCCCAGAGGAAGAAGAGAAAAAGAAAGGGUCUGGGAAAAUAUUUGAAGAGAUUAUAGUCAAAAACUUCCCUAACAUGGGAAAGGAAAUAGUCAAGUCCAGGAAGCACAGACAGUCCCAUACAGGAUAAACCCAAAGAGAAACACACCAAGAUACAUAUUAAUAAACCAUAAAAAUUAAAUACAAAGAAAAAAUAUUAAAAGCAGCAAGCGAAAAGCAACAAAUAACGUACAAGGGAAUCCCCAUAAGGUUAACAGCUGAUCUUUCAGCAGAAACUCUGAAAGCCAGAAGGGAGUGGCAGGACAUACUUAAAGUGAUGAAACGGAAGAACCUACAUCCGAGAUUACUCUACCCAGCAAAGACCUCAUUCAGAUUUGAUGGAGAAAUUAAAAACUUUACAUACAAGCAAAAGUUAAGAGAAUUCAGCACCACCAAACCAGCUCUACAACAAAUGCUAAAGGAACUUCUCUAGGCAGGAAACUCAAGAGAAGGAAAAGACCUACAAAAACAAACCCAAAACAAUUAAGAAAAUGGUAAUGGGAACAUACAUAUCAAUAAUUACCUUAAAUGUAAAUGGAUUAAAUGCUCCAACCAAACGACACAGACUGGCUGAAUGGAUACAAAAACAAGACUGUACUUGUUUUUGUACAUAUGCUGUCUUGUACAUAUGCUGUCUACAAGAGACCCACUUCAGACCUAGGGACACAUACAGACUGAAAGUGAGGGGAUGGAAAAAGAUAUUCCAUGCGAAUGGAAAUCAAAAGAAAGCUGGAGUAACAAUUCUCAUAUCAGACAAAAUAGAUUUUAAAAUAAAAACUAUUACAAGAGACAAAGAAAGGCACUCUAUGAUGAUCAAGGGAUCAAUCCAAGAAGAUAUAACAAUUAUAAAUAUUUAUGCACUGAGCAUGGGAGCAACUCAAUACAUAAGGCAACUGCUAACAGCCACAAAAGAGGAAAUCAACAGUAACACAAUAAUAGUACGGGACUUUAACACCCCACUUUCACCAAUGGACAGAUCAUCCAAAUUGAAAAUUAAUAAGGAAACACAAGCUUUAAAUGACACAUGAAAUAAGAUGGACUUAAUUGAUAUUUAUAGGACAUUCCAUCCAAAAAACAACAGAAUACACUUUCUUCUCAAGUGCUCAUGGAACAUUCUCCAGGAUAGAUCAUAUCUUGGGUCACAAAUCAAGCCUUGGUAAAUUAAGAAAAUUAAAAUCAUAUCAAGUGUCUUUUCUGACCACAACACUAUAAGACUAGAUAUCAAUUACAGGAAAAAAAUUGUAAAAAAUACAAACACAUGGAGGCUAAACAAUACGCUACUAAAUAACCAAGAGACCACUGAAUAAAUCAAAGAAGAAAUAAAAAAAUACCUAGAAACAAAUGACAAUGAAAACACAACAACCCAAAAUCUAUUUGAUGCAGCAAAAGCAGUUCUAUGAGGGAAAUUUAUAGCAAUACAGUCCUACGUCAAGAAACAAGAAAAAUCUUAAAUAAACAAUCUAACCUUAUACCUAAAGGAACUAGAGAAAGAAGAACAAACAAAACUCAAAGUUAGCAGAAGGAAAGAAACCAUACAGAUUUUCACCUCAAAAGGGAUGUUUUCCUGGCUGCAUGAUAAUGGGUUUUAAGCUUUUUCUCACUUAUUUAUAAUAGCUCUCUAAUUUUUAAGGAUAGUGGAUAAAGAAUGUCACCUGCCAUCCCAGUAAACAAUGAAUGUUGUCUGCCAUCAAGCCAUCUGCCACGGUGCACCCUGAGGGAACUCAGGGUGGGGAAAACCAGGGUACUGGCCCUAGCAAAAACUCCUGUAUAUCCUGGCUCUUCCCUGACCACUUUGGAGCAGGUCCUCAGACCCAUGUGAGAAGCUGCCUCCCAGGCUAUAGUCCUCAGUUGAAGAUGGAAGAACCACAAGAGAUUUUCUCCAUAAAUGAUGGCCACGCAGGUGAUAUAGUCGUGGAAAAAUACCUGGUGGAUUCCAAGAAGUCCGCAUCCCACGUUCAGUUCGCCUGCAGUGGGCAGUCCUGUGCUUUCCCCUUAGAUAGAAACGAACUUUGUGUAUGGGACACCAAGGAACCUCCUCACCAGCGAGGGACCGUCCUCGGCACCCUCCUGGGAAACGUGCUGUGUUUAAGGCCUAGUCCCACCGAUCAUGUUACUGCGGUGUGUGCUGGAAACAAAGUAUUCACACUGGACGUUGAGCUAAGACCCGACACCGCGUGAAGUUCCCCGGCACGACGCCCACGCUCCCGGUGCUGGGCCUCACCUGCCUCUUCUCAGCAGGGUUUGUAACUGGGCCUGUUUUUGUAAAGAUGUGAGGGGCAACGAAUGAAAACAUUUCUUUAUCUUGCGAUUGGAAAGCACUGGGCCCAGAUACUGCUGUUCUAUGUAAAUUAGGAAACCUUUCCAGGAAGUCUGGACACCAGGGCUCACUGAGCACACACGUGGUAAACUGUGUUUCUCUGAUCGGCUCCCACUUGAGCGGUCUCUUCAAGGCCUGGAAAGCGUAGUGCUUUUAUCUCUUCUAGCAAAAUUUGCUUUUCAUCAAGAAUUGGCCUCUUCUGCCUUAAUUCUCAGUUGGGAUGAGUUUAAGUAGGUGUGCCACCUCUUGCGGGUUCUGUGCAUUGGUUGCUCUACGCGCUGGCCGGACGCCAGGCCUGGAGAGCAGGCGGCUUCUUCCUCAGAACUCACCUUCUGCCCGAGACGCAGCUUGGAGACAGAUCUUCCAGGGCCUGGUGUCGUGUCUUGUCUUCCGUUUGCCAGGUGAAUGCAGUCAGCAAAGCUAGUUGCCUGCAAGGCAUUUUCUUGCCAUUUCCACUGUCAAAACCUAGCGUAGGAGGGACGUUAGCGCACCAAACCUUCACUGAUGGUUAAGCCAUGGCGCCUCAGGUGUGCCAGGCAGUUUGCGGUGCAGAGUGGAUGUUUCUGUCUUCAAACAAUUUUGGGCCAGAUUGUGAAGUUGAGGGUCGCACAUAACAAAAGGUCAGAUGGUGGAGGUGACCUAGGAUCAGGGCAGGGCUGUGAGCUUGUUCAGCGACACGUUGGCAUUUGAGCUGUAAAUGUUUAAAACGUUUUGUGCAGACACCUUUUGAUGGUCACCCCCCAUACCUAACAAACACCAUAUUCAUGUCAGGGGAAGGUAAACCAGGAUGAGCAGGAGGACGCUUAGCACGUACAGUGUUUGAAGGAAGACAGAUGCUCCCGAAAGAGAAAGUGAUAAGCCUGGCAUGGAGUGCGGACGCCUCUGCAGGGCCGGCCUGGCGGCGGGUGCGGCGGGGCAGUGUGUGCGGGGUGUGGGCCGUGGGGAGGUGGGGCGCCCCAGAUGCUGCUUCAGGGCGUGACGGGGGUGUCGGCCUUGGUCAGUCUCAUUUCUUCAGUCGCUGCUCCCGGGGCCAGGACCGCGGCGCUUCCCUCUCGGCUCAGCCCCUGAACUUUAGCUUCCAGCGUUAUGCACAGGAAGUUCCAAAUUCGGACCAGGGGAUUAUGUAAAGUAGAAUUAAUUCUAAUAGAAACUAUUUUCUGUGAGGUUCAUAGAACUUCUUAAUAAAAAUAAUAAUUACCAGAACACUCGGUGCCUGGUCUUCCCUCACCAAUUCCCCCAGGGCCGGUCUACCCUAGCCGAGCUGCAGGGUCCCCAGGGCCCAGUGACCGCGGCCGCGUUUUGCACUUGGCAGGCACGUGUCAUCAUCGCGGUGUCCGAGGACAGAAGCUUCGAGGUACGGGACGGGCGUUAGACUGUGGUGGUGUGUGAACGAUUUGUGUUGUGCUUUUGGUUCGUGGUCACUGCCACACGCGUAACGUCCGAGGGGUGACUGUCCUGGACUCAGCCCGAUGUCUUGGCUGCUUGCUGGGCGGCUCUGGGGGCCGGGGCUCGUGGCACGUUCUGGUGGCCUGGCAUUCCAGGUGGGCUGAGUCAGUGACGGGACCCUCCUUCUCCCGGAAUCCAGGGCCCUGGAGAGCUAGCACCUUAAUUUACCUCCACAGUAUAUCCUAGGGGCCCAGCAGCAGGGCCACUUUCCAAUAUCAGAAGAUUCAUUCAGAGCUAAAUUAGGCUUAAGAAGGAAAUAACGCAAAACGCAAGCUCAGUUCCCAUCCACCUCCGAGUCAGUGCACUGUGAGUAUUUUCUAACUGACAAAGUGAGGAUGUCCUAUGUUGUGGCUGAAGGAAAGUUGGGGGUGAUUAACAGGCAUCUGCAGAGAGAGCGAGAGAGGAGAGAGAUUGUAAAAAUGCUUCUGUUGUCACCUUGAAAUUUCGCACUUGCAAGAGCUCUGGAGCAGACUGCUGGGGCCAGAACCCCAGCUCGCCACUUACCAGCUGCUGCUGACAGAUUAACCGAGCUCGCCUGACCUCUCUUAUCUGGAAAAUGGAAAUGAUGGCCUCCGUCUCCUCAAGGGGUGUGAGAAUUAGAGCGGAUGUUUGGAAAACAGGAGGGUGCGCCUGUCGCUUAGUAACUGGUCCUUUGUCGUCAGGAUACAGGUGACAGUGACCUUGUCCCCUCUUCUCGGCAGUGUUGAUGAAGUGCUGGAAACGUCUCCAACCUUCUCUUGUCUGGGUCUUCCAAAACUAUAGGUUGUUAUUUCUGGAAAUGUUUAUUUCCUGUGUGUAUGAUGCUGAUAUCUUUAAUUGUAUUUCUGUAGUUUUAUUAUUUAUAUGCUUAUUAUUUUGUCCUUUAGAUAACCAUUCACAUAAAUUAAUUUGUAAUUUGGUAGAAGUAUUAGUUCAAACUAUAGCAAUAAUGGCAAAAUUUUGACCUCUUCUAAAGAAACGUGUGUCUGU